AUGGUACGCUUUCGUAUACCAACGAAAGGCGGAAUAGCCGCGCCUUUCCAAUCGAAAGACGCCUUCGUAGAAUGGAUCAAGGCUCCCGAAGUUCACGAGGGACGAACUCAGGUCGGAGACUCUGGGUGGUCGAACAAGGAUCUCGAGCCGACGCCGCCAGAACAAAGAACAUGGACGUGGUACAACUUGCCUUUGUACUGGUUCUCAAACAUGUUUGGGACGACCGGGUGGAACGUCGCGUCUUCCCUCAUCGCCGUGGGUCUGACAUGGCAACAAGCCUUUGUAUCCUGCGUUCUUGGCUCACUCAUAUCCGCUAUUAUCGUUACUGGUAUGGCGAGACCUGGCGUGAUGUACCACCUAGGAUAUCCUGUUCUUGCACGAUCGGUGAUGGGAAUGUAUGGAUCAUACUUCUUCAUCUUUAUCCGAGCAAUUGUGUGCAUCAUUUGGUACGGUAUUCAGACCUACUACGGCGCGAACCUGUUGUCCGUUUGCUUCCGCUGCAUUUUUGGAAACAGCUGGGACAACUGGCCCAAUAUGCUUCCCACUGGUGCCGACGUGACUUCAAAGCAGCUGCUGGCGUUCUUUCUCCUUUGGCUGGUUGAGUUCCCGUUUACCUGGGUACACCCGAUUCAUAUUCACUACAUCUACACCGUGAAAGGCUUCAUCAUGCCAUUCGCGUGCUUCGGACUCUUCGGCUGGUGUAUGUCCUAUGGAACCGGAAUCUCUAAUAUUGGCGCUGCAUCUGUCGCAGGCGCAUCGGCAGCAGCUAAAACACCCGUCGGAUGGGCUAUCAUGAGCGGCAUCAAUGUCAUCAUGGGUUCUCUUUCGCCAAUGCUCGUGAACCAACCUGAUCUCGCGCGAUACUGCAGAGAGCCUCGAGAUGCCGGUUGGCUCCAAGGAGCAUGUGUCUUCUUCGCAAAGAUCCUCGUCUUCUUCCUUGGCCUAGCUUCCACGACCUCAUUACAGGGUGCUUGGGGCAAGGCCUACUGGAACCUAUGGGAUCUUCUUGACGCCAUCCUUGACCAUUACUGGAAUCCGACCGCCCGUGCUGGUGUCUUCUUUGUAUCGUUCAGUUUCAUUCUCAGCGUGCUGGCGACAAACUUUGGAGCAAACUCGCUACCUUUUGGCGCGGACAUGACUGGACUGUUCCCCAGGUACUUGACGAUCCGUCGAGGCCAGAUCGUUUGUGCAAUCCUCGGUAUUGUUGUAUUGCCGUGGAAGCUUAUUGCAAACGCGUCCGCGUUCAUCUCAUUCCUCGGGAGUUACAACAUCUUCAUGGCUCCCCUUUGCGCUAUUAUCAUUUUCGACUACAUCUUGGUUCGAAAGGGUAACAUACACGUGCCGUCGCUGUAUAAUGGCUCUAAAGAGGGUCUCUACUGGUUCAAUUCUGGAGUCAACUGGGUUGGAGUGUUUGCCUGGAUCGGCGGUACGGCAAUGGGAUUGCCCGGUCUCGUCGGGCAAUACCAGCCUCAUAUUGUCAGCCAACCGGCUGAGUACAUGUACAUGAUGGGCUGGGUGUUGACGUUUUUUUCAUCAGCCAUCUUGUAUGCUGUGCUAGUGCAGUUCUUCAAGACCAAGGUGUAUCCUCCGGGCCAUGAGAAUGCCCCGAUGGACUACGAAUGGCUGGCGAAAGAAGGCCGGGAUGGGUUCUUUGAGGGCGAAAGGGAAGGCGAGAUUUAUGCGCCGCCAUCUCCGCGCAUUGACGAGGCUGAAGAAUUGCACUUGGGAGAGAAAGUGCAGAAAUUGGAGGCCUAG